UCUUGGGAACUUUCUGAAAAUACACACACAGCUGAGAUCAUCAGCUGGCACUGGCACUGUUCCUGGCAAGGAGAGAAUUGGUCAGACUUAGGUGAACUUAUCUUUGAGGCCUAAGGCAUGGCAGGAGUCCUUUGAAGGACUGUACAUGUACUCAAAGCACUGGCUGCCCCAACAUCCCUUUAAGAGAGUUGUAUUUUUAGCCCCCUUUACAAAUGGGAAAAUGAGAAUUCUAGUGACCCUUCUGCCCAAGAAGACACAGCUAGUCAUAAUGGAACAGGGAUCUGAACCCCCAGUGUCCAAGCUCCAGGGCCUGAGCCUUAGUUUCCUGCCUCUCUGAACAGGUUAUCCCAGACAUGACCUCUGCCUGUGUGGAGCAAAAGUGAGAAUUUCAGACGAUGUCUCAGCCAGACCUAGAGUUAGUACAAUGCACUUGGCUUUGUUUAUUCAGUAAAUGGCACUGCUGGGCUAGGGAUGUGACUCAGUUGAUAGAGCGCUUACCUAGCAUCAUAAAGCCUUGUGUGCAAGCCAUAGUACCACAUAAAGUGGACUUGGUGGUGCACACUCAUAACCCCAGCACUUGGGAGGUAAGGUAGGAAGAUUAGCACUUCAAGACUAUCUGCAGCUACAUAGUGAGUUUGAGGCCAGACUGGACUAAAUAAGAACAUACCCCCUCAGAAAACAUGUUGGGUACCUACUGUGUGCCAGACAGAGCUCUGAGGGCUGUCUUUAAGGGCAAGUUUUGACAGAUAACAGAUAACACCCCUCUGUCUCUUUCAUGGCAUCGCUGAGAGUUAAAGGAAAUGCCUGGCUCAGAGAGGAGGACUGCAAGCCCAGUCACCACAGGAAAUUGUGCUGGGAAGGACAAGCAUGGGACUGGAAACACAGGCUCACUGCAGACACAGUGGCCCAGCCAGCCAGCGGCCUAUGGAUGCAGAGUCGAUGGUCUGUGCAUAUCAGGAACUUGCUCCAGGCACAUGAGGCCCUGGACUCUUCAAUGUGACUGAGCAGCAAGAGCCAGGAUCAAGGCAGCUGCACUGUCUGAACCAGGAAAUAAGGGGUCCUGAGCCUGGAAACGCCACAGCAUCCUAGCCCUCCAAGAGUCACCUGUCUACAUGUUACAGGUGGUGGCUCUCAGUAAGAGAAGUCAGGACGCAGAAGCAGCUUUCCUGAGUGUUUACAAGCAAUUAAUUGAAGCACCAGACCCCAUUCCUGCAUUUGAGGUGGCGCACACACUCGACGACAGACUGCAGGGCCCCAGCUUCGACCCCAGUGGGCAGCCCCAGCAAGACGUGCACGCUUCGUGGAAGAGGUGCUCUGAGCUCCUUGGCCCCAAAGAACAGAGUGAGGGGACGUGUCCCUCCGGGCCCACGCCAACCAACGGCAGCCACCUGCCAGGCCCCGAGAAUACCCUCCUGACAGACAACUUGCUGCAGAAAGAUGAGGCCAAGAGACAGAAGGGCCUUCAAGAAGUCCACAUCACCUUGGCAGCCAGGCUGGGGGAGGCAGAGGAGAAAAUCAAGGUCUUACAUUCAGCGCUAAAGGCCACACAGACAGAGCUACUCGAGCUGCGGCGGAAAUACGAUGAGGAGGCUGCAUCCAAGGCAGAUGAAGUUGGGCUGAUCGUGACCAACCUGGAGAAAGCCAACCAGCGAGCUGAGGCUGCCCAGCGGGAGGUGGAAAGCCUGCGGGAACAGCUGGCCUCUGUCAACAGCUCCAUCCGCCUGGCUUGCUGUUCCCCCCAGGGACCCAGUGGGGAGAAGGUAAGCUUCGCACUGUGCUCCGGGCCCCGGCUGGAAGCAGCACUGGCCUCCAAGGACAGGGAGAUCCUGCGUCUCCUGAGAGACGCGCAGCAGCUGCGACACUCUCUGCAGGAGCUGGAGGAGGUCUCUGCCAACCAGAUCGCUGACCUGGAGCGGCAGCUUGCAGCUAAAUCUGAGGCCAUAGAGAAGCUGGAAGAAAAGCUCCAGGCCCAGGCUGACUAUGAGGAGAUUAAAACGGAGCUGAGCAUCCUAAGAGCCAUGAAGCUGGCCUCCAGCACCUGCAGCCUCCCCCAGCCCUGCUUCCCAUCUCCUCAGGGCCUAGCCAAGCCUGAUGACCCACUGCUCAUGGCCAAGGAGGCCUUCUUCCCCCCACAGAAGUUCCUGCUGGAGAAGCCAGCGCUGUUGGCCAGCCCUGAGGAGGACCCCUCAGAGGAUGACCCCAUCAAGGGCUCACUGGGCACUGAGCCCUCCUACCCUUCUCAACAACUCCCACCUCCACCUGGCCCAGAAGAACUGUCCCCGAGCCCCGGGCAGACUUUCUCGCUGUCCCCCUUCCCUAGCCUGGCAUCAGGGGAGAGGUUGGCUGGGGACCCACUGCUCCCCAAGCACCUGAUAGCCCCAGCUGCCUUCAAGGGGGAGGUGGGUAGUCUGCUGGCAUUCCCACAAGCCUUCUACAAUGGCACCAAGCCUUCCACGGCUGCUGCCACCCCAGCACCUGGCCCUGAGCCCCCUGGGGUCCCCGAGGCUGUGGAUGGAGCCAGUCCGGAGGAGGAGCAGCUGGACACGGCUGAGAUUGCCUUCCAAGUGAAGGAACAGCUGCUGAAACACAAUAUCGGCCAGCGAGUAUUCGGCCACUACGUGCUGGGGCUGUCGCAAGGCUCCGUGAGUGAGAUCCUGGCACGGCCCAAACCCUGGCGCAAGCUCACAGUAAAGGGCAAAGAGCCCUUCAUCAAGAUGAAGCAGUUCCUGUCAGAUGAGCAGAACGUGCUGGCCCUGCGGACCAUCCAGGUGCGACAGCGAGGCAGCAUCACCCCAAGAAUCCGCACACCAGAGACAGGCUCAGAUGAUGCCAUCAAGAGUAUCCUGGAGCAGGCCAAGAAGGAGAUCGAGUCUCAGAAGGGGGGUGAGCCCAAGAACUCAGCAGCCCCUUUGAACAUCCCCAAUGGUUCAGCCUCCUCCAGUACCUCGGAAGAUGCCAUCAAGAACAUUCUGGAACAGGCUCGCCGGGAAAUGCAAGCCCAGCAGCAGGCCCUGCUGGAGAUGGAGACAGGACCCCGGGGUCGCUCAGUGCCUCCCUCUCCCCCUGAGCGGCCCUUGCUGGCCACUGUGAGCCAGAAUGGGGCUCCGGCCUACGUGAAGCAGGAAGACAGAGGUGGCAGCACACAGACCCAGACGGCGCUUACUGUCCUGUCCCCAGCUGCGUUUGUGCAGAGUAUCAUCCGAAAGGUCAAGUCUGAGAUUGGUGAUGCUGGCUACUUUGACCACCACUGGGCCUCAGACCGGGGCCUGCUCAGCCGCCCCUACGCCUCUGUAUCACCCUCCCUCUCCUCCUCCUCAUCCAGCUAUUCUGGACAGCCCAGUGGACGGUCCUGGCCUCGCGUGGAUGAGGCAACCCCUGCCCCUGAGGAAGAAGCUACCACGGGCGAGGAUGAGUCCCCCAGGGUGGGUGAGCUCAAGGCCGAGGCUGGGGUCCCUGAGGCUGGCAGCGGGAGACUAGCCUACUACCCAGCCUAUGUGCCCCGCUCGCUGAAGCCCACCGUGCCUCCCCUGACACCCGAGCAGUAUGAGCUGUACAUGUACCGGGAGGUGGAUACCCUGGAGCUGACCCGUCAGGUCAAGGAGAAGCUGGCUAAAAAUGGCAUCUGCCAGCGUAUCUUCGGGGAGAAGGUGCUGGGACUGUCCCAGGGGAGCGUGAGUGACAUGCUGUCUCGGCCAAAGCCAUGGAGCAAGCUGACACAGAAGGGCCGGGAGCCAUUUAUCCGCAUGCAGCUGUGGCUGUCAGACCAGCUGGGCCAGAGCCAGGCCCCAGUCCGGCAGCCCAGCACCUCCCAGGCCAGUCCUAAUGAGCCAAGGUCCUCGCCAUCACCUCCCCCAAGCCCCACAGAACCUGAGAAGAGCUUCCAGGAGCCCCUGGGCCUGUCACUGGAGAGCAGCAAAGAGAACCAGCAGCCAGAGGGCCGUGGGAAGAUGUGCUCAAGCAGCCCAGCAGUGGGGGGCAUCCAGGAGAUGGUGGCCAUGUCCCCGGAGCUGGACACAUAUUCCAUCACCAAGAGGGUCAAGGAGGUCCUCACAGACAACAACCUAGGGCAGCGGUUGUUUGGCGAGAGCAUCCUGGGACUGACACAGGGCUCUGUGUCAGACCUGUUGUCACGGCCCAAGCCUUGGCACAAGCUGAGCCUAAAGGGCCGGGAGCCUUUUGUACGCAUGCAGCUGUGGCUCAACGAUCCCCAUAAUGUGGAAAAGCUGCGAGACAUGAAGAAGCUGGAAAAGAAAGCGUAUCUCAAGCGCCGCUAUGGGCUCAUCAGCACCGGCUCUGACAGCGAGUCACCGGCCACACGCUCCGAGUGCCCCAGUCCAUGCCUGCAGCCCCAGGAGCUGAGCCUCCUGCAGGCCAAGAAGCCUCGUGUGGUGCUGGCGCCUGCCGAGAAGGAGGCACUGCGGAAGGCCUACCAGCUGGAGCCCUACCCCUCGCAGCAGACCAUAGAGCUGCUGUCCUUCCAGCUCAACCUCAAGACCAAUACCGUCAUCAACUGGUUCCACAACUACAGGUCCAGGAUGCGCCGUGAAAUGUUGGUGGAGGGAACGCAGGACGAACCAGACCUCGACCCAAGUGGGGGUCCCCAUGUCCUAACACCAGCCCAGACCCACACAGACCCCACCCCACAGAGCCCUGACUCAGAGGCUGAGGACCAAAAGCCCCCUGUGAAAAGCCUGGAGCUGCAGGAGCCUAAGGAGAGUCCCAUGCCCCCAAGUGUCCCUGACAGGGCACUGGUGAGGAUCAAGCAAGAGGAGGAUACAGAGGCAGAGGGGGGAAACCAGCCCCAGGACUUAGGGGGACCAGAGAGAGGGCAAGAUGCACCCAAAGAGAAGAAUCUCCACUUUCUGGGGAACAAUGAACUUCCAGAGCUGGCCCCUGGGCCUCUGCUUCCAGGUGCACCCAGCCCAGACUGCCCCUCACUGCACAAUCCCCAGGAGGAGGUGGGGGAGCCGCUUCACUCUGAUCCUCUGAGUUUCAAGUCUGCCUCGGAGUCCUCACGCUGCAGCCUGGAGGAGCCACCAAACUCACCCUCUGCAGCCUCCUCACCAGGCCUCAUGACAUGUGUGUCACCUGUCCCCUCCUCCUCAGCCUCCAUCUCCCCAUCCCUUCCUGGUGCCCCACCUGCUAAAGUGCCGAGUGCCAGCCCCACUGCAGACACAGCUGGGGCUUUGCACCCCAGCACCAAGGUGAACCCCAACUUGCAGCGGCGGCAUGAAAAAAUGGCCAACUUGAACAGUAUCAUCUACCGACUGGAGAGGGCUGCCAACAGAGAGGAGGCUCUGGAGUGGGAGUUCUAAAACCAGGGCAAGAGGUGUGCCCCAGAGGCCUCCUUUUCUCUCUUUCCCAGAUGGGGUGGGUCCAGAGAAGCAAGACUCAGCCAUGCAGAUGUGGACAGCCAUGUUAUGCCAUUUACGUUUAUUGUUGUAACCCUAGAUCCCUGAAAUCGAGUGUGAGCAGAUGCCACCGCUUCUUGUUUUGGGCAACCCCUACCGUAGGAGGCAUGGUAAUCCUGCCCUUGUCCCCUCCCAGAUCUUCUGUAGGAGGCAGGAGCAAAUCGGCACCACAUUCUCACCCAAAAACUCCUCUCUUUUAGAAAAAUAAAGAAAUAUUUAUAGACCUCUUUUAGCUAUUUUAAUAAAGGAUCCUUUGGAAUUUAUUCCCAGCUGAUGCCGUUUUGAUAUUACAGAGAGUUAUAAAAUCAGGAUGCUGUCACGACUGUUUUGGAGUAGACACUGAAGCUGUGUCAUUUUUGCCACAAGAUGAGAUUAAAAGAAGACAAUUGUUUAAAGCCAUCACAAAACACUCAAGACUGACCAAAUUCAGAGAACGCUUGAACUGCCGUUUAAUUUGUUUGUUCUUUCCCACUCCUGUCUGUGAGACACAGCACAUUGCUACUGCCUUUCCAGAAACUGCUGAAAAGAGAAAGUCCAAAAGACUCUAAACAAAAGCCUCCAUGCCAUUGAGGAUAUGGUCCGUUCUGGCAGACUCUGCAGCCUCUUCUUCACAGGAGGCCCUGUUGCUGAUGGGAAUGUUACAGUGGUGUGGGCCAAGGCCCAGGCAGCCCACACAGGUUGUGGUGUGUUGUACAAAACAUACGUCUCCACUCCCUGAAUUUAGAAACCUGUGGGCCUCAGGUAGCCUUCCAUCCUUACCAUAUAGAGACAGAAGGAGUUUCCAGAGCCUUUGAAGAGCUGGAUGUGGGGCAGGUGCUCAGGGGUUGUGCUUAUGCCAGAGUGACCCUUGUUUCCCAACCUCAAUGGUGGCCACAUCCAGGAAGGCCCCCCCACCAUGUGAGCAAAGUGUUCCAUUCCUGAGGAGAUGUGGCCACCAUCUUCCCUCCUUGUUUCUAGAAAGUGGAAGUGUUGGUUCUCCACAAGCUCUGAAGCUUAGCAACCAGACAAAAAACUAGAACCAUCCAGUCGGAGCACUCAACUCCCUUUCCCACCAUCUCUCAAGUUGACCUUGGUGCUGUCCCUAUGAGGAAUUCACAAGUUCAUGGACCAUGUGUGAUAAGACCAAGGUCACCACAGCGUGUCCAUUGUAUCCAAGUCUCCCAGUCCAUUCUCCUUCUAAGACUUGCUGGGGAACAAAGACAUGACCCCUACUCAGGCACCCUUCCUUCAACACUCUCAUUGUGAGAGAUGCCUAUUUGGAUGGAACAGCUCCCCCUUUUCCAAACUGGGGAGGCCAAAUUGGUGACAACCCCCCCCAAAGGACAAUGAAUAUAUGGCCAUCCUUGGUGCCAUUCUGUGCCAGAAGGAGAAACAGCUGACAGAUGCAGUGAGCAUUUGAAACUACACAGGCCAAAAUAAAUAAAUAAAUAAAUAAAUGGUGACCAGAAAGGGGCCAAGGACCCUUCCAGAAGUCCCAACUCUCAUGCACCCAGCCAGCUGCAGUCUCCACAGCAGACAGUCAACAUCAAACAGGCCCUGGAAAACUUCCUUUUUCCAUACACAACCUCGGCUAUGCAUCGAAGUUUCCACUGUAUACAUUUUUAUCCAGAGGAAGGUAUUUUUAUAUUCUGACACAAGGACACCAUGACUGGUUUGCAGAAUAAUACAAUCUGGGACAAAUGAAACAUCGCCCCCACCCCGUUGCAGUCAGAUACCUACAGGGAAGACCUGGCAUGUUCCACCCUUGAAACCACAACGUGGCUGUGAUCGAGGCCACACCAACACACUCCUUAAAGUUCACUUUGGCUUUAGUCUGACAGGAUUUGAAACUGUGCCUGGCCUGAGCCUUAAAACAUGAAAACCCUGCUGUGUUGAAUGAAACCUACGGACCAGUGAACAACUCCAUCCAGUUCACAUCCUGCAACGGUUAAAAAACCUACAAAACUAUUUCUAUGAGAGAUUGAUGAACUUUGUUUAAAAAUUUUAAAAAAAGGAACACCUUCUGUAAACAAGUCUCUAAAUACAGAAUUGUAUAAUUCUA